AUGGCAUAUAUUGAAUUAUCUCAUGUAAUUACUGCUGAUACUGAGAUUUGGGCAAAAGCUGUAGUAGGGAAACGUCUUCGCAGAAAUGAUGAUGGAGAAGAAGAAUAUGAAGAAGUUAACGAUCGAAUAUGAUUAUGAGAAUAUGGAAGAAAUAAUAGAUGAUACUCAAAAAUCAUCUAAAGAAAAUAAUCUAGAAAAAGAUCUUUCGCGGGAUCGAAGUAGUAAUUUAGUGGCAACUUCAGUGACGGAAAUGUCAAAAUCCAGACAUUGUUAUUCAUUAGUUUGUAAUUUUACAACUCAUAAUUGCAUUCCACGAACAAAUUUUUUUUAAACAUAUUUCUAAAU